CACAGACCACCGAAGUGACCAGGACCGUUUUAAUUAAUCGUACACUGCUGAAAUAAUUAACAUUUCGCACUCUGAUAAUAAUAAAAUGGAGUGCAUCGUGCGCAUGCUGCUCUUCCUGAGUCAUCAUCGCAGGUCCCUAGUUAUCGAUUGCAUUCAGCCGAGCAGGCUAGAGCGGCGUCUAAACGAAAACGACGACGACGACGCCUGAAAACACGGCGUCGGGUACCAAAUAAUUGAGGUUAGACGAUUCCCGUAUACAGCUAUCUCGCACACAACGCGAAAUCGAUUGUCAUCUUGAAGAUAUGGUGUGACUUUGUGUACGUAAACGUUCCUUAAAAAUACAGAAAUAGACAAGUGCAAUCGUUGACAUUGAAGAAAAUAAGAGACUGACCAAAUGGCAGAUAAUGCCAGAGAUAUUGAACGAGAUGCAAAUGACGACAGAAGGAGAAGAUUGACGAGAGUGAGAAGAAGGCUGGAUUUUGGUGACGAGCCAGUUCCAUCGCAGUGUCACCAAAGUGAUCUGGUCGAUUGUGAAGAGGCCAUGGCAAUGUUGGAUCCUGUAAUAAGUCGCAGCAAUGAAGCUUCAGCUAAGUGGAACUUUGACUUUGCCAACGAAGUACCCUUGGAAGGUGUUUGGGAGUGGGAGAAGGUAGAGUCUAGGAGUCAACAGGAUUACAAAGAACUGACCAUUGUUAGGGAGAAUAAGGAGGGGGAUGAAAAUCGAAGUAUUUAAUGGGACACUCUGUAAGAAUCCACCCAUUUACCUGAAGCGAAACUUUGAUUGGUAAUCAAAAAAUAUUUUAAUAACUUAUUUGACUAUUUCUCGAAAUGAUUUACUUAUUAUAUUUUACUAGAACAAUAGAUUGUAUACACUAUUGUCAUUUGUAAAAAAUUGAAAUCCUAUGAAUAUUUGAAUCGCACGAAAAUGGAAGAGUACUUAAAUAUUCAAAGGAAUAUUUUAUUAUUUGAAAUUAGAAAAUGUAGAAUUAUCUAUUUUUGGGACAUCAUGAGACAAUGCGUGAUGUAUUUCUAUAUUUCGGACUGAUUCUUGAUCUCUUAUUUAUUCGAUAAAUUAUUAUAAAUUUCUUAUUGACACUGAAGAAAAAAUUCGACUAUGGUUGUUGUUUUUACGGAUAUUCAUAAUCAGACUUCUGUUAUAAUUUAUUAUUUAUCUAUUUAUUUGUUAUCAACUAGCAACUAGCAAUAUCGAUACUAGUCUUAAAUUAGGGUAGAUUUGAUUGAAAUAUUUCAUAGAUUUUUAUUAUAUUUCGACGGUUGAACAUCACGUUCAAUCAAUACGGCUCUAUACCAAAAAUUUGUAUAUAAAAUGUAAAAAAAUAGAUAUAUUAUUGUAAA